AUAGCCCAAGCAAAUAGCCCAUGUGGUCUUCGUAGUGAGGCACCGCCGUCGCCUCGCCCUCGACCCCUCCCGCCGCCGUGGGUUUCCGCCUCGUUCUCGAGCGCUCUCGCCGCCGCCGCGGCGUCCUCGCUGCGGUCUUCUCCCUUCCUUCUCCUAGUCUAAGCCGCCGCUGUGAAGUGGAGCUCGAUCUGUGCCCCGUGAAACUUCGCCGCCAACUCCAUGGCCGCCGCCGCCGGAGGCCAGACCGUCGGCCGGAGCAGCUUCUCUCGAGCAGCGGCACCUCAUGUGGCGUCCUCAUCCACCGCCGCAGGAGUCAAGCUUGGUCCUAAUGGCGCCGCCUUCGUCUCCUCGGGCAUCCCCGACCUCGACAGGAUUCUAGGUGGGGGUUUUCUUAUUGGAUCAGUUGUAAUGAUCAUGGAGGACUCUGAUGCGCCUCACCACCUCCUACUGCUUCGGAGCUUCAUGGCGCAGGGUGUUGUGCACAAACAACCGCUGCUCUUCGCAGGACCUAUGAAGGAACCCCGCUUGUUCCUUGGUACAUUACCUGCUGUUGCAUCUUCAAAGGAGGAUGGACGACAAAGAGGGAUGGGGGCUGGAACAAGUAGCGAUGGCCGAACAAGUGACGAGGCUUUGAGGAUAGCUUGGCAGUACAAGAAAUACUUUGGAGAAGAGAAGACUUCUCAUGCUGAACACAGAGACAACAAGCAAGAAUUUAGCAAUGAUUUUGAUUUACGGAAGCCCUUGGAAAGGCAUUUACUUAAUGCUCAGAAUAUUGAAUGUGCUAGCACUCAAGAAGGAGACACUCUUGGUGUCCUCCAGGACCGUUGUUCCACAUUCUUGUCCAAACUUCCGAGAAAAGAUGGUGGAAAUGCGCAUGCUGGACGGAUUGCUAUACAAUCACUAUGUGCACCACAAUGCGGAUACUUUGAGAAGGACUGGGACAUGGUCUCAUUUAUCAGAUCGCUGAAGGCCAUGGUUCGUGCAUCUAAUGCAGUUGCUGUUAUAACAUUUCCAAAUACAGUUUUAUCAAGCUCCUUUUGUAAGAGAUGGCAGCACCUGGCGGACACACUUCUGUCAAUCAAAGCAAUUCCAGAUGAGGACAAAGAGUUAGCAAAACUCCUCACUGGAUAUCAGGAUAUGGUUGGUUUUUUACAUGUGCAUAAGGUGGCACAGACUAAUAGCCAGGUCCCCGUCAUAUUGGAGGCGUCCACGUUUUCUCUGAAGUUGCGCAAGAGGAGGUCGCUGGUGUUAGAACGGUUGAAUCAAGCUCCAGUGGAUGGAUCAGGUGGUCCUUCACUUGAUGCAUCUGGCAGUUGCUCCUCAUCCUCACAAGGUUCACAGCUUGAUUUCUAGUUCAGAUGCUGAACCUGGUCUCCGAGAAGAUGGGAAGGCCUUCACACGAGCUUCACAGUAUCACUUGAUGACUAGUAGCUUUCAUGUUUCAGCUGAGAGGAUGCUCAGAAAAAGUAUUGACACAGAAGGUUCUGGUGUUGUGUAAUUGUUGCUCUCUGGAAAAAUGUAGUUUGUAGAGGUUUAGUUCUUUACAAAUUAGGCAAUUUGGUGGAUAGUAUCAGCCAGUCCAAUCCCAUGUAUGGUUCAGUUGUGGACUUCUGCUAUACAAACUCUUUUGUUAAUCAGGUUGAAAUUGUACUACCUCUGUCCAAAAAGACUUCAUUUCUAGCAACGAAUCUGGACAAGUACUAGGAAUGAAGUCCUUUCGGAAAGAAGGUAUAUUAUAUGCAGAAUUGCAGAUGAUGCCAUAUAAUUUCCUA